CUUUAAUUGAUUAAUUUCUCCAACUUGCCCUCCUCCUCCCCUUUGCCCCCGUGUCUUCCUUCCCAACCUCCUCCGCUUUCUCUCUCUCCCUCCAUCUCCACCCUUUUUGACCUUUUGACUCUGUACACAAUUCCCGCCUCUUUUUGGGACCGUCUCUCUUUCUGAUACUUAUCAGUUUUAUCCUCGAUCUGCAAUUUUGUUGUUUAGAUCACUUCACGAUCGUUUGACUCAACCAUCGUUUUUCGCAUCUAUCCCGGCCUCUGAGACUGUGCUGUGCGCAGUUGUCGAUCGUGUCUACCCUGCGAAUCUCCCUCGAGAUUCAUUAUUUCUAUCCACAUCUCGGAGCGCAAAAUAAUCACCAUGCAUAUGAACAAGAGAAUCGGCCGCCUGAAGCAAUGGGCUGGCGAGCGAAUGGGCGGAGAAGUCAAGACUUGCCAGUCAGAUGACUUCAAGGCAAUGGAGACGGAGAUGGGAGUGCGACAUGAAGGCGUCGACCGCAUUCACAAGUCCAUGACCGCAUACGUCAAAGCCGUCUCCAAGCGCAGCGAGGGCGAUGAUAAGGAAAAGACCCUCCCAAUUGCCCACUUGGGAAGCAGCAUGGUCACCCACGGAGAAGACUUUGACGCAAACUCCGAAUAUGGACAGUGCCUGACCAUGUUUGGACGGACGGAAGAGCGCAUUGCGCGCAUUCAAGAGAGCUACAUUGCACAGGCGACUUCGAGCUGGCUCGAGUCCCUGGAGAGAUCUCUCACCCAGAUGAAGGAUUACCAGCAGGCCCGGAAGAAGCUUGACAGUCGGAGACUGGCAUAUGACACUUCGCUGUCCAAGAUGGAGAAGGUGAAGAGGGAGGAUUUCCGCGUGGAAGAAGAGCUACGCAGCCAAAAGGUCAAGUAUGAAGAAGCCAAUGACGAUGUGCUCCGCCGCAUGCAAGAUAUCAAGGAAGCAGAGGUGGACAGCGUGAUGGAUUUGGGAACUUUCUUGGAUGCCCAGCUGGAGUACCAUGAGAGAUGUCGCGAAGCGCUUCUGCAGCUUAAGAGCGAAUGGCCUGGCGUGUCCGGCCAGGGCCCAACUCCGCCUCGCCGUCCUACACGAGCCCGGUCCAACACUGCCCACUCGUACCAGGAGCGCUAUGAGCCUCUGCAGGAGGAGUUGGCAGUUGUCACCGAGAGUCGACCCACGAUUCGGUCAAACAGAACGGUUUCAACGUACAUGGCAGACUCUCCCGCACGAGACGCCUACCCGGCUAGCAAUGGCUAUGCUCGACCAGGUCUCAGCCGGACACCAACUUUCGAAGGCCCGACUCAGUUGCGUCAAGACCAAUCUCCAGUUGCAACUCAAUGGAUUCAGCGAACCGCCAGCGACAACUUCACCAACCGUCGGAACAGUGUACAACCUAUCGGCGGAAGGUUCCCAGCCGAUCCCUAUGCAGACUCCGAAGCUAGCUCUUACGGCCGUAUCAGCCCUGACCGUAUGUAUGGUGGUCGAUCAACCUCACCAGCUACAUCUUAUGGCAGCGUACCUUCUCGUCGGCCUAGCUCUACUGCCCUGAAUGCCUCAGGUAUGACCAAGAAGGCUCCUCCACCUCCACCCCCUUCGCGUUCCAAGAAGCCACCACCUCCGCCACCGCCCAUGAAGCGAUCUUUGGUGACGGUGACGGACUUGUAAAGCAGAAAAUAACAGGGCUGGCUGGUGAUCUAUGCGGCAACAUUUGCUUUUGAUCAGGUACAUGGGGUUGGGAGUUUUCGGACAGGAUCACGAUCGACUUUGGCGAUGGAUUGGUAGUUUUUAUUCUUAUCUUCAGGACUGGUGGUCCCUCGAAUGCGAACUGGGACUUUUCAGUCGUUUUAUUUUUGCACUUUUGAUACUCUGUGCAGCAUUUCCUCCGUUCAUUAUGAUGGUGCUUUUUAGUCAUUUGCUGAAUUGGACUUGAUUUGGGGGAGUUGUUCGUUCUCUAUUCCUUUAUUCUCCUGCUUUGAUUAGCUGCAACAGAUAGAAUAAGUAUGGCUCGUGUCAGCUAGUCUAAUAUAGCUAGAUGGCAGCUUUCCUUUUGCGAGCAUGAGUGGAUUGUAUGAUCGUAC